AUGGCGAAAAAUCUAAAGUUAUAUUUUGAUUUGAUGUCUCAGCCAUCCCGAGCGCUGUGGAUUUUUUUGGAGAAAACAAAAAUUCCAUAUGAAAAGUGUUUGGUGAACUUAGGCAAAGGAGAACAUAUGACCGAAGAGUUCAAGGCAAUCAACCGGUUCCAGAAGGUACCGUGCAUAUCGGACAAUCAGAUCAAUCUAGCGGAAAGCGUAGCCAUUGUGCGUUACAUUUGCCGGGAGUAUAGCGUACCAGAUCAUUGGUAUCCGGUGGAUAGCCGCAGGCGUGCUCGUGUGGACGAAUACCUCGAAUGGCAGCAUCACAAUACGCGUGCUUCCUGCGCGGUCUACUUCCAGUACUUGUGGCUCAGACCGCGCAUGUUCGGCACCAAGGUGGAUCCAAAGCGCGCCGAACAGUACAAGACGCAGAUGGAGAGCUGCUUGGAUUUUAUCGAACGUGAGUUCCUUGGAGGAGGCUCACGUUUCAUCGUUGGAGAUGAAAUUUCCGUGGCAGACUUGCUGGCAGCCUGUGAAAUUGAACAACCAAAAAUGGCGGGAUACGAUCCCUGCGUAGGUCGUCCGAACCUAACGGAAUGGAUGGCAAGAGUUCGCGAAGCAACCAAUCCAUUCUACGAUCAGGCGCACAAGCUUGUUUAUAAAAUUGCUCCAGAUACAGUCACAAGCCAUAAGUUGUAAUAAAACUGC